GGCCAAUAUGUCUUCCCCUUUAGUCACUUUUUCGGCCAGCUACGUUUGGCCAUGAGGGGGUCCCCUGAUAUCUGUGGCCCCAAGCAUUUGCUUGGUUCCUGUAGUUGUAAAGUCUAUCACUGGGGCUAAAAUAAGCCCAGAAGGGAUGUAUAGAAAACAUGAGUUUAUGGCAUUUCUGAAACAUAUGCAGAAGGCAGAGAACUCUUGUCUCACUGCAAAACCAAUGACUAAAAUCAUGAAUAUUGAAGGUUAUUAUUGUGACUAAUUUUUACAUUAGAAUUUUUGCAGCACAUCACCCACUAUUUUCACAGCCACAUACCAAGAGAGGCGCGCCUGUAGAUUCCACUCCCCCAUUACCACAUCCUUGUGAGUGACAUUCUUCAUACAGUGCAGUCUCUUCAAAUAGCAAUCAUCCUGUCUAUCUGCUGAGCUUAGACUAUGAACCCCCUAGAGGAUUCCUCCUAGAAGACACAAUGGGCAUCUACAUCUAGCUCCAGUCUCGACACACGUGAAAGCCCCACUGAGACAGUGAUUGGCUGAGUAGACCUUCCCUGCCAUUUUCAUCAUGCCAAGAUUGGACUAGAAGGCAGAGACCAGAGGGAACCAGAACUGGGAGUGGCAGGAGACCAGUCAGGUGGCGAAUAUAGGAUACGAAGACGAUGAAGCCGAAGAGAUGCAAACCAAUAGAAGCACUGAUACUGCUGGCGUUCACUAGCAUUGCACGAGUCUCCCUGUGCUGCCAAGAUCUCCUGUGUUACGUAGACUUCAUCGACACGCUGACGUGUGAAUAUCGCAAGGAUAAAGAUCUGAACAGCAGCGUUUCCCACACGCUGAGUGCUAACUGGACCUUUGAAGAGUGGAAUGAUACAUGUCUUCUGGAUGAGUGCGAGAAGAACCAUGAGUACAUUUGCACUAUUGAUAUGGAAGACUUCACCGUAGAUGGCAUGUGCACCGUUACCAUAAUAACCAAGAUCAAUGGACGAUACCAUUCCAAACAGAUCUGCCAACCUUUCAACAUAGGUAACAAAUUCAAGCCAGUGCCACCGUUCAAUCUCACAGUGUCUCUUUCUGAAAAUUAUAAUAUUUCCUGGAAAACUUUGUACGAUAACCAUGACACGAGAGGUGGAGAACUAGCCUACGAGCUGAGCUACAAGAAGGAUGGAGGGUCAUGGCUGAACCAAAAGACUAUCCAGGUCCUUGAAGAUGAAAAACACGUGGUCCUCUUGAGGUCAUCUUUUCAAGCUGGUGAACAAUAUGUAGCCAGGAUCCGAACUCAACCUAAAAUCUAUCUAUCAGAUAUAUAUCAAGGACACUGGAGUGAUUGGAGCACAUCCAUUAAGUGGAGGACCCCAGCUAAUGAUCAGACAGUCACGAUGCAAAUUGGGAUGAUUUCAGGGAUGAUAGCUAUUUUGGCCUUCCUGGGCAUUUUAAUGACGUGCUUCCGAUAUUCACCACUCAUAUGGAAGAAGGUGUGGGUGUUGGUCCCUGACCCCGAGCCCUUUUUUAAGCCCCUCUACAAAGGGCAUCAAGGAGAUUUCAAGAGCUGGUUGGGUCCUCAUUAUACCCCAUUCCCAAUAAUUCCUCGUGAGGGAGGCUCUAUUUAUCCAGAAGUCCUUGAAAUCGACUGCCAUAGUGCAUGCAAGAACAUAGAAAUUAAGAAGCAGUUUCUUCCUAAGUUGUGCUUAACUGAGAAGAACCAGAUCUGCAGAACAUGUGGGUGUACAACAGAGAACUCUUGUUCACAAUGCUGUCCUCCAUGCAUUGCCUCCACUACCACCACCACUGAUGGUACCAUGAAUGAGGAAGAUAGGAGUAGAGAUUAUGGCUACCCUUCUGUUAAUCUUGAUAGUGGCAACAUGUUGGAUCGGGAACCAAGUCCACAAAGCACAAUUAUGCUGAAGUUUGGUCUUCCACAAGAUUUCCUAAGAUCCAGUAUGAAUAUGUUAAGCCUGGUGUCAAUACCGCCAGAACAAUGGGAACUGCAGGAAUCUCCUUCCAAACAGGAUGAUGAGAACGUGUUUUAUAAUGACGAUAAUUACAAUUCACUGUCUCCUGACUCGGGAAAUAGUGGCAACUUUGGCUAUCCCAGGAUAUGCCUGGAUAUGGACACUAUUGACAGUGGUUUUGUAGACUCUGAAUGUGGAAGUCCUGUGGACAGUAAUUUUGGAACUAAUUAUAUUCCAACAAAACCACUGAAUCCAGAUCCCUACAGUGAAGAAGACGAAAUAUGUGAAAGAAAUUAUGUGCAGCAAUGGGUGCCCACUGGCCACUGAUCAACAAGAUCCAAGGUCUUUGUAUGUGGAGAUGGUUGUAGAGCUUUUUGAGCAUCUAUGGCUUCUUCAUUGCAUAAUGAAAGGCAAGCAACUUGCUCAUAUAUUUGUGUUUUUCAGACUGCUCAUUCAGGCAGUGACUGAAAACAUUCAUGGUCUAACUUAAGCAGUUGAGAACCUGUCCCAGCCUAGCCCUGCUCACUGCAGGGGCUUACAGUAUACCAGAGGUCUCAGCCAAGACAUUUCUACUAACAUUGUAUUUAGCUCAUAGAGGAUUGCCUAUAAAGUUGUGACAACCAGUGUUUCCUUUUGUCUGCACAGCUUAAAGGGGUUUUCCAACUCUUUCUAACUGAUGACCUAUCCUCUGGAUAAGUUAUCAGUAUCUGAUCGGUGUGAGUCUGACACCCGAGACCCCUGCUGAUGUGAUGUUUGAGAAGGCACCGACGCUCCUGUGAGAGCUGGGGCUGUGCUUGGUAUUGGAGCUCAGCCCCAUUCACAUAAAUAGAACUGAGCACACCCAGUCCAUGUGACUGAUGAACGUGACAUCACUGGCCCAGAGUAAUCUGUGAGAAGGCCAGAAGCACUGAUGCCUUUUCAAACAGCUGAUCGGCAAGGGUCUUGGGUGUCAGACUCCCAUCGAUCAGGUACUGUGUCGGAAAACCCCUUUAAAUAUUCCUGUAAGCAGGAAAGCACUUAUGUAGCCCUGAGCUCUUUAUAAGUGAUUGGACAGAAAUUUCCCUGGACCACCAGAAAUACCGAUAUAAACAGCUUCUCUGCCAUAUACCACCAGGGAUACAGACAUCAACCUCUUCUCUACCCUACACCACCAGGGAUACAUAUAUCAACCUCUUCUCUACCCUAGACCACCAGGGAUACAUAUAUCAACCUCUUCUCUACCCUAGAUCACCAGGGAUACAUACAUCAACCUCUUCUCUUCUCCCUAGAUCAACAGAGAUUCAGAUAUGAAUUCAAUCUCUGACCUAGUCCUUAGACCUGUUAUCAUAAACCCCAUCAAAACCCUAAACCACCAGGGAUCUUGGCAAUGACUUCAUAAAAAUGAAGGAAAACUAGGGAAAUUGACAUAGACAUUUUUAAACUAUCGGGAAGCAGUAUAAAAAUAUUGACUGUAUAUUGACUGUAUAUGGAUGCACAGUGGAAUCGGACCAUAUUGGGCACAGUGUAUCUGGACGCUAUAUGGCACAGUUUAUCUGGCUGCAGUUAUUUAGGUGUUAUAUGACACCGUUUAUCUGGCUGCAGUUAUUUAGGUGUUAUAUGACACCGUUUAUCUGGCUGCAGUUAUUUAGGUGUUAUAUGGCACAGUUUAUCUGGCUGCAGUUAUUUAGGUGUUAUAUGACACAGUUUAUCUGGCUGCAGUUAUUUAGGUGUUAUAUGACACAGUUUAUCUGGCUGCAGUUAUUUAGGUGUUAUAUGACACUGUUUAUCUGGCUGCAGUUAUUUAGGUGUUAUAUGGCACAGUUUAUCUGGCUGCAGUUAUUUAGGUGUUAUAUGGCAAAAUGUACUUGAUGCUGUUUUGGAUGCAACUGUGGCCAGGUUUACUUCUGCUCACUUUCUACAAGGACUUGGAGGGAACACUGUGAACAAUAAAGAAGCUCUGUAGCAAACCCGACAUUUGUGCGAGCAGUACUGCACCUAUAAGACUAUAUAAACUCGUUAAUGUCAUAUUAGUCCCCAAAAAUGUUUAUUUUUAAUUCUGCACCUUGUUUUCUAUGCUGGGACCUUAUGAAAGGAUAACAGUCUCAAGUAAGCCCACUGUCUUCAGUCCUUCCACCCCUCCCUGUUGUCUCUAUGUGAGUGUAUGUAUCAGAUCUGAACCCCUAUUUGUCUACUCUGGGUGCAUUAAGCAUAUUUUAUUUCGAUGUUUGCUACACUUUCUGUUGCACAUGUAUUGGCACCCAGAAAAUCAUAUGAAUGGAUUGACAACAACAAUAAACUUGAUGGUGUAAAUGGUUAUCUA